AUGGUCUACUCAACUUUACAGUCCCGCAACUUGGCUGAUCCUUGCCUCUUUCUACCUAUCCCCACAGUGCUGGAGAGGACUGCUGCAGAGGAGACUGUGACCAGCAGCUUUGCAUCCUUCAUCCAUGGAGUCCAGCCAGAGCACCUGUCUGAAGUUGUUCGUCACCGGAGCAAGAGGAUGAUCCUUGACAGCAUUGGGGUUGGCCUUGUGGGCAGCACGACUCGUGUGUUCAAUAUCGCCCUGCGGUAUUGUCAGCUGUAUGCGUCAAAUGCCGUUAGCUCUGUCUAUGGCAGGAAAGGGUUAAAGCUGUCCCCUACACUGGCUGCCUUCACAAAUGGAAUUGCGGCUCACUCUAUGGACUUUGAUGACACCUGGCACCCUGCCACUCACCCCUCAGGGGCUGUACUGCCCGCUCUUCUGGCAGCUUCACAGAUGCUACCUCCAAGCUCCAAAUCCAAUGGCCUGGACUUCUUGCUAGCAUUUAAUGUGGGCAUUGAGGUGCAAGGAAGGCUCAUGCGUUUCUCCACGGAGGCUCACAAUAUUCCUAAGAGGUUCCAUCCUCCCUCUGUGGUGGGCACCAUGGGCAGCGCAGCUGCCACAGCAAAGCUUCUUUCUCUGAAUGUGACCCAAUGCGCCCAUGCCUUAGCAAUUGCUGCCUCCCUGGCAGGGGCACCGAUGGCAAAUGCAGCCACCCAAGCCAAGCCCCUGCAUAUUGGCAAUGCCACCCGCCUGGGGUUGGAAGCGGCGCUUCUGGCUGCCCGGGGAAUGGAGGCCAGCCCCCUCAUUCUGGAUGACAUCCCCGGGUGCUCUGGAUUCAGUGCGUUCUACGGCGACUAUCGGCCCAAACCGCUGCCCCUGCCAGCAAGCAGCCACGAGUUCCUCUUGGAGAAGCAAGAUGUCGCUUUCAAACGUUUCCCAGCCCACCUAGGGAUGCACUGGAUUGUGGAUGCUGCCGCAUCAGUCAGGAACCUGCUCAUCAACUAUUCCGGCUCCUUCUCUCCCUCUCUGAUCCGUGCCAUUCUGCUGAGGAUCCCAGUGUCCAAGUACAUCAAUAGGCCCUUCCCAGAGUCUGAGCACCAGGCUCGACACUCCUUCCAGUUCAAUGCCUGCACUGCCCUGCUGGAUGGCGAGGUGGGCCUCAACUCCUUCACUGAUGGCUGCAUCCAUCGGCAGGAGCUGACAGAGCUGCUGGCCAAGGUGGUGGUAGAGCACCCUGAAGACAACAUAGCCAACUUCGACAAGAUGUAUGGGGAGGUAGCACUGGUCCUGGAGAAUGGAGAUGUGCUGACAGGCAGAUGUGACACUUUCUAUGGGCACUGGAGGAAACCCCUAAGCAGAGAAUCGCUCCUGAAGAAAUUCCGAUCCAACGCGUCUCACGUGCUCCCAGAGGACAAGGUGAACAGCAUCAUCACGACAGUGGAAAACCUGGAGAACCUGCCAGACAGCUCCCAGCUGGCCUCCAGCCUGUAA